GUCGUUCACGGUGAAGAGGGGCGUCACAAGCUGAGCAGCACCGAGCGACAAGCAUGGACAGUUAGCAGCUUUUAAUGAAAACAACAUAGAGGAGGGGGUAAACAAAUAAGUAAUAUUUACCACACGUUAGGUUUAGUCUAGUCGGUGUGUGUGUGAAGUGAUGGGUAGAGUGAGCUGGGAGCUGACAGCGUGUGUGAGGGAUGACUAACCCGGCGUCCUGAGCUCAAACAGAAACACUGCUAACGACUUGUGCAGCUAAGGGGGAAACCAGGACAGACUACAGACAGCAAAGCUGUAAAAGUGCUGCUUUAGCGUGACCGAGGCGCACAUUUGUGGUUUCGAAGACGACUGGAAAAUUCAGAUUCUUGUGAGCACGGGUGUUAAAUGUCAGAGAGUCAAGGGUAUAGAAGUGGGGAUGUCGCUCUCUUUCUUCCUGGGUCUGUUUUGUCUGUCGUCCCUACUAUAUGCGCAGGAGCUCAAACCCACAAGAUGGCCACUCUACUCCCAGAAGCCCCUCUUGCUGGCGUGGAACGUGCCGACGGAGGACUGCACCCCGCGGCACGGCAUCAGUUUCUCCUUUGAGCGUUUUCAGAUUGUGGCGUAUCCCACCGAAGGCUUUGUGCGUCAGAACCUCACAAUGUUCUAUAAAGAACGUUUGGGACUGUAUCCUUAUUACGAAACUGAUGCCGUGCCCGUGAACGGAGGCCUGCCCCAGCUCGCCAGCUUCGAACAGCACCUCGCAGAAGUUCCCCACGGACUUAACAAAUACAUCAGUGAACGCAAUGCUAAAGGGCUGGCUGUGUUUGACUGGGAGGAAUGGAGGCCACUCUGGAUUCGGAACUGGCAAGCCAAAGAUAUUUACCGUGAAAAAUCCAUAAGGCUCAUAGCAGAAAAGAAUCCUGGUUGGAAAGAGGACAUGGUGAAAAGAGUAGCUCAGCAGGAGUUCGAGCUGUCUGCGAAGAAGUUCAUGCUGGAGACGCUGCGUAAAGCAAAAAGCGAACGCCCCAAUCAGCUCUGGGGUUUCUACCUGUUUCCCGACUGCUAUAACCACAACUAUGGCAGUGGUCUGAAGAACUACACGGGCCGCUGCCCGGAUGAUGAGGUGCGACGCAACAACCAGCUGCAGUGGCUGUGGACCGAGAGCACAGCGCUCUUCCCCUCCAUCUACCUGGCCAGCGUGCUGAAGGACCAAGCCAUCGGCCGGCAGUUCGUCAGGAACCGCGUCAAAGAGGGCAUGAGGCUGGCAUCCGUCGGGAACGGCACCGCGCGGCCCGUCUUCGUCUACACCCGACCCACCUACAACAACGGGAUGAUGCUGCUUAGUGAGAUGGAUCUGAUCUCCACUAUAGGUGAGAGCGUGUCCCUGGGAGCUGCUGGGGUGAUCCUGUGGGGCAGCAAAUCCUACACCGGCAGUAAGACCAACUGCUACGACCUGCGCGAGUACCUCCGCGUCGGCGCCCUCGGCCGCUACCUCCUCAACGUCUCCUAUGCGGCCGAGCAGUGCAGCGCACAUCUGUGUAAAUGGCAUGGGCGAUGCCUGCGCAGGAACCCUGACACGGACACCUUUCUGCACCUGAGCACUCGCACGCACAAACUUGAGCUGCGCGAGGACCGUCUCGCCGUGAGCGGGAAGAUGGACCAGGAGGAGCUGGCGAGGCUCAGUGAUGAUUUCCAGUGCCAGUGCUAUACCGGCUACUCGGGCCCGUCGUGCUCGCAGAGAGCCUCCGGAAACAGAGCGGGUCUCAGCCUGCAGGGGGCGCUGGUGGUGAUGCUGACUCUGAUCCUUCUGCAGUGACCGGAAACAGAUGAGUUUAGUGCCGCCCCCUGCUGCACAGCACCGUGAACUGCACAGGGGUCGAUCGUCGCCACGCAGAAGCGCUUUUUCCACUAACACUGAAUCCAAGACAAAACCCACACAGACUCCAAAACAUUUUAAAGAUGAAGCUGCUAAGACGAAGCUCUGUUUGCGUUUGCACAUUUUCCGCAUCUAGGUCAGUGGACUUUGGAAACUAGUGGCGAAUCCAUAAAACACUCCAGGGAGGGACGAAUCCAGCGAUAUAACUUUCUAGCCAAUAAUCUCCAAAUCCCUCUCGCACUGAUGUCUCAGUCCAUCCAUUUCUACUUCCAGUCUGGUGCUACACCCCAACUGAUUUUGUUGGCCGAGAGCUCGGUGGAAAACCAGGGCGUCGGUUUCAGAUCAGGCCGAUGGAACAACACCGCGAGGAGAGAGGAGACGCGACGAGAAGAGAGGAGACAAGUCGUAUCAGCAGAUAGAAGACCUGCACACUAAGAAGGAGGAAAUGUGUAUUAGACCAGAGCUGGACCUUGUAUAGAAACGUGCUUGAUGAUGUAAACUAAUUAUCCGUAGCGAUCAUGAGCUGAACCUCGCGGUAUUUUAUUAUUUUUUUUGUAAUCAAUGUCCAGCUCCGGUGUAGACGCAGACAUGAAGUCUUUGAGUAUUAAAGCUCUUCAGUCUCGUGCAGACCCGUUCCUGUGCCUUUAACGCACCAUGCUCAGUGUUAUUCUCUUAAAGGCCGAAUAACUUAACACGCUGCCAACUCUGAACAAAAAUACACAACUCGCUCAGAGCCUCUGUGUGAAGCGGGGCCACUGCUGGAUGGUGUCACACGCUCACACACACACACUCAUGCACAAAGCUGGUGCCUGUGGAUAAAACUGGAAGAGUUUUGACUCCCAUUUGUUUUAUAGUAUUUUGUAAACUUUUUGUCUCUCUGUGGGUGAAGUCAUGUGUUCGUGUAAGAGUGUGUGUGUGUGUGUCUUUAAUACAAAUAGCUGAACCUCUGAAUCCAGCAUGGACCAGUCACCAACGUGACCAUGUGACCCUGAUCUCUGCACCACUUUGCCUUCCGUCACGUGCCGUGACCUUCACUGCCAGGUUCACACGCCAGGCCUGUUCACCAGUUCGUGUGUCCAAUUUUGGGGAAACACGCUGCCGUUAAUUAGCUCGGUGCUAAUCAUCUAUUGCCAUAAGUGCGUCUUAAGUUGGCGCAACAGACUGAACGCGCUGUGAACUCUGUCCCUCUUACUGCUUUAAUGCUGAAACCAAAUCGGCCUCGCCGUUUUUGAUCCACAUUGGCAAUAAAUAUGUUGUGUUUCAUUCGACCGUAGUCCUGGUCCCAGUUUGUUUAAAGCAAAAAAACAAGGAAUGUUAAUUAACUGAUUAGAUGCUCUGUUAAAUGUUCAGGUGGGAUAAACCAGGACCACAGGAUGAGAACCGCUCUGUUUUAUAUGUUGGUGCAAAUCUGAGUGAUUGAUUGUAUGUUCAUGUUUCUUAUUAUUGUAGAAUAAAUCACUGAUUCAUGAGCUGU